GUGUUUGGAAAGAUAAAGUCAACUAGUGUAUUUGUAUGUAUUAAACAACAUUACAAUAGAAUGUACAUCGUAAAUACCAGUUGAAUAUUCGCGUUCGUCAAUCUCUUUAUAUUUUGAAGAUUUUCUAUCUAAAGUUAGUGUGAAUACAAGAAAAUAUGUACAACUUUUUGUACUUAAUUUACAACGUGUAAAGGGGUUAGUGCUAAGGCGGACUGCGCCUUAAAUUUCAAUGAAUGAACACGUCUUAACAAUUAAUAUCCAGCGACAGGGGUACUAUAAAGCUUUCAAUAUUUUCGCUUAACAUCAACAAGUGUUUUUGGCUUCACACGAAUAACAUCAGGCGAAAACCAAACAGGUUUUCAAAUAGGUAGCAGUUAUCAAAAUUUUGUUCGUCUACUAACAGUUACAGUUAUUAAAGAAAUUUGUUUUUCAUUCUGAAGUCAUGAAGUUUUUCUCGCUACUUCUUUGUAUUAUUGUAAUGGUGUGGUGCUGUCAAAAAACGAGCGCUGAUAGUGCCCAAAGUAUUAGCAUUGCGACUGAUGGUUUAACCGAGGAAAGAAUGAAAAAUAUCAAAGGCGUUUAUUGUGGUUCGAGGCUGUCUGGCACAAUUUCUAUGAUUUGCAACUACGGCGGCAGAAUUAAAAGAACUAAUGGGGGAGGAUAUGAUGGAAAUGGUUUUUCAAACAGUUUGGAAAAUGCACGAAUUUUCGAUACUAAAUCUGUACGGCUCCCUUUGUUGCCGAAGGAAUUAGCUCAUUUAAUGUUCCCCAAAAAAUAUGAGAAACGAAUUCCCGGUGCACAGUUCCAAACUAGGAUCCGUGCGGUUGACGAGUGUUGCAAAAAAUCAUGUAGUUUGUGGGAACUGAGUUCUUACUGCGACUGAAACUGGAGUACGUACUUACUUUUCAUGUAUUAUACGAUGUAUCAAAAAAAAUGUGCGUGUUAGAAGUAUUAGAAUAUAGAGAGUAUCUUUGAAAUAGAGUUUUUACCUUUGUCUGUCAAACUAACACAACAAACAUAACAUCAUUGGUAGUUCUGAGUAAUGUUUAAGGCAGCACGGUCGCCCCAAUAUUUGUUAGUAAGCGAAUUUGUUUCCAAAAGUAAAUGCGUUAUAAUAUAGUACUUUUUAAGUGUUUCUGCAAGAACUAUUACUAAUAUGCGUAAUUAUUACCCUAGAGCAUCCCUCGACUGUUACACUUACACCGAAGGUAAAGUGAUUAAA